UUGGUUUUUGCAAUCAAUGUGUGCGUAAUGGUUGUGUGCUAUACAAAUGGACAUGCUGUGGUAUGGCUGGUAGCCGAGGGGAAACUGAACUGAGUGAUGUGGACACUGACAGUAUAUCAACUAUACGAACGGUUAGAAACGUUUAAUAAAAGUAAUAAAAUGAGUGGUCAAAUUGAACUGUUGGAUUUUGCUGGUAACAUGUUUGAGAAAUAUGAUUCCAUUGAUUUGGCCGCUCCCGGUCUGCUUGAGAUGACUGGGAUAAAUCAGCAUGUUAUGGCUACAGCUAGUGGUUUGAAUGAUAAUGACUAUCAAACACUUGCGAAUCUCUCCAUGGGCCACAAACAAUUGAAUCAGUUGCAGACGAUUAGCAAGAUUCCUAUACCGCCGGAAAUUCUAGAGCAUUUCAAACACAUCAAAUGUCAUUGUAUGAUGGGCUUGUUUCCGGAAAUUGGCAGAGCCUGGUUAACCAUCGACUCGGAAAUAUAUAUCUGGACAUACGAGCAGACACGAGAUGUUGCCUACUAUGAUGGUCUAAGUCACUUAAUUGUUAGCGUUGGCCUGGUCAAACCAAAGGCAGGAGUUUUCAUUAAUGAUAUCAAAUAUUUAUUAAUUCUGACAACUCCCAUCGAAAUCAUAGUUCUAGGAGUUACAUUUGGAGAUACCACUAAAACUAUAUCGUCGCCCAUGCGAAAUAUACAGAACACCGCCACCUUUGAGGAGAUGCAGCUGAUGAACAAACCCAUAUUCAUUUUGAGCACGGACAAUGUAUCCAUCAAUACCGUUUUGGGUACUGAAAAUGGUCGAAUAUUUCUGGGUGGCCGAGAUGGCUGUUUAUAUGAGAUAUCCUAUCAAGCAGAAUCCAGUUGGUUUGGAAAGCGUUGCAAGAAGAUAAAUCAUUCACAGGGCAUUGUUUCGUAUAUUGUGCCAAGUUUCUUGAAAGUAUUUUCAGAAAAUGAUCCCAUUGUUCAUUUGUCCACCGAUAAAAGUCGCAAUUUGCUGUAUGUCCUAACGGAAAAGGGCUGCAUAGAAGUAUGGGACAUGGGUCAAGAUUUCAACGCAAUGCGUCGUCUAACGAAGGUAACUCAAAACGAAAUUGCACAAAGUGCCAGCAAUAUCAUUAAGACCAUAGAUCCUGCAGUCUUGAAGCCCAUCAAAGCCAUAUGCCCCUUAAACAAAGAGGAGGGACAAAGUCUUAAUCUAUUGGCUGUGACACAAUGCGGAGUGCGGCUAUAUUUUGCCACCACACCAUUGACUAAUUUGCAGCAUCUUCAAAGCCCUAGUAGCCAGGAGCAAAAAUCUCAAAUGACCCUGCAAAACAAUUCGCCAACAAAAUCAUCAUCCGACAUAUGUACAUCGCCUAGCCCUACAUCUUCGCCAAAUGCCACGUCUAUGUCUACGCCAAUGGGUUUGUAUCUGUUGCAUGUGCGUCUGCCUCCGGGAUAUACACCCAAUACGACUAUCAACAAGCCGAGGCAGGUACAUUCGGCCCAUUACAAUGAAGGAACUUUGCUUUUGGUGGCCACCUCGCAGCAAGACCAAGACAUUUUGUGGUCCAUUAGCUCAGCACCUUUUCCACAUCGAAAUUACCUCACCGAGUCUACUACGGUUAUACCUUUGGAUGGCAUUGUCUGGAGUUUGGCUGAAAUGCCCAAUCGCUCUAGUGGUCAAUUGCAGUCCAUACUGCGAAAAGCGCAGAAGCCGGAAAAGGUGGUAAUGUUGACAAAUCAGGGAGCCCACGUUAUAGCGUUGCUCAAGCCCAUCGAUAUACUACAGCAAUUGUUAAUAUCUUGCCAUGGUCCCCAUCAUGAGGCUGUGAAGUCGUUUUUCCAAGCCCAUGGGGAGCGAGAAGCUUGUACCACAGCCUUACUUUUGACCUGCUCAGAACAAUACCGAGGCACUGAUUUGGCCAUGUGGUCGGCCCAAGCAUUUCUGCUGUACGGUGGCGAACCCAAAUUGUCUAGCCAAAUACAAAUGAUGAACAGAGGACCCAGAGAUUUGCAUGGAAACCGAUUAUAUUUAAACAAUACCACGGCGUACGAUAAUCCACUUCAUUCCCCGCAAAUGUUCAUGUCAACUCCCUUGCCUAACAUGAACUGUGGACCCAAUAUGAACCGCCUGUUCGAUGUUUGCAACCAGUCACCACAAAGUGGUUCGGGCAUAGCUCCGGCAGGCAAUGAUAUGCCCAUUAUUAUAUACUCCUCAAAACACGACAGCUUGUACGUAUACAUAGCUCGCCUGUUGCGUCCCAUUUGGAAGGUUAGAUGCGUGGAUGGUAAUCUAAACAGUUCGUUAACUCAGAUAGACUCGGCUAUGAUUUUGGAGGAUUUGUAUGCCAUUCGGCAAUUUUUGGAAUCCAAUUCGGUGGGUGACCUCUCCUGCACGGUGCGUUCGUACAGCAACCAAACCACCAUGCCCACUGGAUACAACAGCCUGCAUCAUAUGAUAAACCACACCAACGACCUACAAGCCAACACUAAUGAACAAGCUCAGGCGGAGGAGAAGCGUUCCCUGACAGCUCUGAUACAUUUUAUAAAACACACCUGUGAAGUAUUGGCCUUGUGGAAGGUCUUGAGUGAACAUCAAUUUCACUUUCUGGCUAGUCAACUGCAGAAGGACCAGCAGUCUGUAUUGCAGAGUUGCACAUUCCGUGAUUUGAUACUAUCACGUUCGGAGCUGUGUGCCCUGCUAAUUGUGGCCCUCAUCAAUAGCUACUUGAAGGACAAUGCCUCGGUUAGCACCAUAUCGGCAAAAUUGCGAGAUGUUUGCCCAAACCUCUAUCGCCAUGAGGAUGCCGUGUCGUUUAAGGCCACCGAAAUUUUAAUGAAUUCCAAGAAUUGUUCCAUUGUGGAGGAGAAGCAGGAAAAGUUGCGCACCGCUCUGCAGCUAUGCAAAGAUGCUGCCCCCAACUUGCCCUUGCAAAAUAUUUGCCAACAAUUUACUCUGUGUGGAUUCUAUGAGGGGGUGAUUGAAUUGACCUCUACGUGUGCCUCCAAAAUAGAUCCUGAAGAAUAUGGCAUGCAUUUCUACCAGAAUGGAGAGCCAGAGGAUGAUCGGGAGGGUUAUGCUGCAUAUGCAGCUCGUCUUAAUUGUUAUAAAGAAGUUCGACUUAUGCUAGACCAUGUCUAUCAGUCAGUGUGCAACAAUAAUGCGAAUCAGGACUUUUUACGCAACACCUGUGGUGGUGGAAAGGAGGCAGCUAACUCGCACUCUCAAAUAAUGGAAAUUGUGACCAUGGCUGUGCAGGUGAAGGAUCCCCUCUUACAUGUUUGUGUUUAUGAAUGGCUUAUGGUACAUGAUAUGCUCUCGGAAUUGCUUUCGCUAACAGAACAGUCUUUGGGAGAAUUUUUACGCCGCAAUGUGGUACGCAAUCCAGACAACUUCAAUUUGAUAGACCUGCUAUGGAAAUAUUACGAAAAGAAUGGCUAUCAUGCCCAGGCUGCCCGCAUCUUGGAUAAUUUGGCUUCCGCGGCAAGUGCUGGCAUACCUCUGCAGCAACGUAUUGAAUAUUUAGCCAGAGCUGUGAUAUGCAUGCGAAAUGAUGGCGUUGGCUAUUCCAUUUCAAAUGGUGUGCUACUCAAAGAGCUAGAGGAUAAACUGGAAAUAGCCCGAGUCCAAAAGAAUGUCCUUGAUGCUGUUACAUCUUUGGCCAACAUAAAUCCAGAGGCAGCCAAAGCUGUGGAUGAUCUUAACAAAUAUCUAUUUGACAUUACCCAGCUGUAUGAGAAUUAUGCCGACCGUUUCGAUUUGUGGGAAUGCAAAUUGACCAUACUCAAUUGUUCGCAUCACAAUGAUCCCCUGCUCAUAGAAUCGGUGUGGAAUCAAAUAAUCGACAAUGUAGUCAAAAGUGCCAACACAAGACAAGAACAAGCCACACGUCUGUUUUCGAAAAUCGAAUCACUUUUCAAGGAAUUUGGAGAAUCCGGCCAUUGUUUCCCCCUAGCCUUUAUCAUACGUGAAUUGGAAAUAAAGGCUUGUCAACUAAGGCUGCCCGAGGGCAUAGUACCCGACAAAUUGGCUGCCCUGAAUAUCGACAUUGAACUACUUAUGGAAUACUAUUCGCGUAUGAUUUCCAUAAAUGAGCGAAUUUGGGCUAAUGAGGGCAACGAAUGGCAUUUGGUGCAAUCCUCCAUAAGAGUCAUUACUUUGCUGUCGAGUAAUGCACACACCAUAUGGUCCAGAUCACGACGUCGUGUUAUUGGCAAAGCUCAAGAUAUGGUUUCAGUUUGUCUGAAUCUAUGCUAUCAGAAGCCGGGAACCGAGCGCAUGCAACAGACCCUUAAAGAACUGCAAUGUAGCCUUCAGAGGAAUCUACCAUAAUUAUUUUUAUCAAUAAGAACUGUCAAAUAAUUGUAAUCACUAAUUUCGUUUAAAUAAAAAAAAAGACUUUUACAUUUAACAAAAAAAAAACAAAAUAUUGGGUU